AUGAACACGUCCCUCGCCGCUGCAAGGCGGGCUGCCCUCCACGCCCGGGCCCACGCUCGGGUCGCCCGCAUCAGGACAUACGCUACCCCGACCGCUAGCCAGGACUCUACUUCUUCUACCCGGCCUCUCGGUGACGAAGACGACCCGCAAUUGGGCGACUAUCCCCAGCUUCCCAACGUUUCGAGGCUUUCUCGCAAGGCCCUCGGUUGGGACGAUGUCCAGUUCAGGAGGAAUUUCGGCGAGACGCUACAUGAGAAGGAAGACCUUUACUCCGUCUGGGGCCCGGAUGUCCCCGGCGUUCCUCCUGCCACCGCACUGCGCUGGUUUUCCAUUGCCGUCCUGGGUUUCGUGACCUUCGGCACCAUUGUCAACUAUGCGCACCCACAGCCCCAUGCUGUGCGUCGUGAAUACCCUUACGACGGUCUGGUGCAAGAGCUCGGCGGGCUGGAGGAGAACAAGGCGAGAGCAGAGCCAGACACCGAGGCGGAUGAGUAG